CCGUCAUGGCUGCUGGCAGUGAAGAUGGCGUAGCUCCAGCUCCAAUGGCCUCCGAUGAACAUGAACAUCCACCACCCUCCUUAUGCCUAGGAGGUGUCAACAGAAGCAUAAAAUCUAAGGAGGAGAUAGUAGUCCAAGUUCCUGUGGUAGAUGUGCAAAACGAUAACUUCAAAGAGAUGUGGCCCUCCCUCCUGCUGGCCAUAAAGACAUCUAGCUUCGUGGCUGUUGACACGGAGCUGAGUGGGCUAGGGGACAGGAAGAGUUUGCUGAACCAGUGCAUUGAAGAACGUUAUAAGGCUGUGUGUCAUGCUGCCAGGACCCGUUCUGUGCUGUCGCUGGGCCUCGCCUGCUUCAAGCAACAGCCAGAUAAGGGUGAACAUUCCUACCUGGUCCAGGUGUUCAAUCUCACUCUGCUGUGCACGGAGGAGUAUGUUAUAGAACCAAAAUCUGUGCAGUUCCUGGUACAGCAUGGCUUCAACUUUAAUCGGCAGUAUGCCCAGGGCAUCCCCUACCAUAAGGGCAAUGACAAGGGUGAUGAGAGCCAGAGCCAGUCAGUGCGAACCUUGUUCCUGGAGCUGAUUCGAGCCCGCCGGCCCGUGGUGCUGCAUAAUGGUCUUAUAGACUUGGUGUUCCUGUACCAGAACUUCUAUGCCCACCUGCCAGAAAGCCUGGGAACCUUCACUGCUGACCUCUGUGAGAUGUUCCCAGCAGGCAUUUAUGACACCAAAUAUGCUGCAGAGUUUCAUGCCCGAUUUGUGGCCUCCUACUUAGAAUAUGCCUUCCGGAAAUGUGAACGGGAAAAUGAGAAACGGCGGGCAGCUGGCAGCCCUCACCUUGUCCUGGAGUUCUGCAGCUAUCCUUCUAGCAUGAGGGCCCAUAUUGACUACCGCUGCUGCAUGACCCCUGCAACCCACCAUCGUCAUCCCACCAACAUCUGUGACAAAUUCUCGGCCUAUGGCUGGUGCCCUCUCGGACCACAGUGUCCUCGCUCCCACAAUAUUGAUCUUAUCAUUGACACCGAUGAGGCUGUGGCAGAGGAUAAGCGGCGACGGCGACGACGUAAAGAAAAACGGAGGAGGGCUUUGAUGAACCAGCCUGGGACAAAGACCUCUGGAGAAACUGAGGAUGGUCCUCCCACUAAGCAGGUCUGUGGGGAUGGUGUGAAGACUGAGGAAACUGAACAAAAAGUGGCCGAAGAUGAAGCCAAGGACCAGUGUGGCUGUGAGCAAGAUCAUAAAAAUGAUUUGGGGAUGGAGCUUAAGACAACCCAGCCUGAAAUAGCUGACAUGACUACCUCAGAAGUGCCAGGAAGUCAAGUCAGUCCUAACCCAGUGCCUGGGGAUGGAUUGCACCGGGCUGGUUUUGAUGCCUUUAUGACAGGUUAUGUGAUGGCCUUUGUGGGAAUGAGCCAGGAACUCCAGUCCUGCAGUUCUGGACCCUGGCUACCUGAAUGUCACAACAAAGUGUAUCUGAGUGGCAAAGCUGUGCCUCUCACAGUGGCCAAAAGCCAGUUCUCCCAUUCCUCCAAAGCUCACAACCAGAAGAUGAAGCUGGCUUGGGGCAACAGCUGACCCAGCUUCUAUCUGGCACUCUCCCCAGGAAGAGAAACAGAAUAGAACAGAGUUGUUGAGUCUCUCUAGUAUCCGAAUAUACUUUCAACUAAGAGAGUUGAGAGUGGGUAAAGGGGGACAGGGUGAAGGAGACUUGGCAGAGAUCCUGCUGCAUUGUUCCUGGACCUUUGCUUUACCUCAGAGGCUGAGGUAUAAGAGUUCAAGUAAGAAGGCUGACCAGCACCUGCAAUAUCAUCUUUAUUUUCAAAUCUGAAAGUGUCUUGGGAAGGUUUUUACC